GCGGCGCGAUCGGUUUGGGAGGAGAGGCGGCGGCGGCGGACCCGGUGUUUGGCGAGGGGGGAAAUCUGUCAGGAGGACACAAUGAUAUCGGCCGCUCAGCUCCUAGAUGAGCUUAUGGGCCGGGACAGAAACCUGGCCCCGGAUGAGAAGCGCAGCAAUGUGCGGUGGGACCAUGAGAGCGUUUGUAAAUACUACCUUUGUGGCUUUUGCCCAGCUGAAUUAUUUACAAACACUCGUUCUGAUUUAGGUCCUUGUGAAAAAAUUCAUGAUGAAAAUCUCCGUAAACAGUACGAGAAGAGCUCUCGCUUUAUGAAGGUGGGCUACGAGAGAGACUUCUUGCGCUACUUGCAAAGCUUGCUGGCAGAGGUGGAGCGCAGGAUCAGAAGAGGCCAUGCUCGCUUGGCACUCUCACAGAAUCAGCAGUCUUCAGGGGGAGCGGGACCUACUGGUAAAAAUGAAGAGAAGAUUCAGGUGUUAACUGACAAAAUUGAUGUGCUUCUACAACAGAUUGAAGAACUAGGUUCAGAAGGGAAGGUGGAAGAGGCACAAGGAAUGAUGAAACUUGUUGAACAGUUAAAGGAAGAGAGAGAACUGCUGAGGUCUACAACUUCAACAAUUGAGAGCUUUGCAGCCCAGGAGAAGCAGAUGGAAGUUUGUGAAGUUUGUGGAGCCUUUUUAAUUGUGGGAGAUGCACAGUCGAGGGUAGAUGACCACUUGAUGGGAAAGCAGCACAUGGGUUAUGCCAAAAUAAAAGCUACUGUAGAAGAUUUAAAAGAGAAGUUACGAAAAAGAACAGAAGAGCCUGACCGUGAUGAGAGGUUAAAAAAAGAGAAACAAGAGCGGGAAGAGAGAGAGAAAGAGAGGGAGCGGGAAAGGGAGGAGCGGGAGAGGAAGAGACGGCGUGAGGAGGAGGAGAAGGAAAAGGAGAGGGCUCGUGACAGAGAGAGGCGCAAAAGGAGCCGCUCCCGGAGCAGGCACUCGAGCAGGACCUCUGACAGACGGUGCAGCCGCUCCCGAGAGCACAAGCGCUCGAGAAGCAGAGACAGAAGGCGCAGCAGGAGUCGCGACCGCAGGAGAAGCAGAAGCCACGACAGGUCAGAAAGGAAGCACAGGUCUCGCAGCAGGGACAGGAGGCGAUCGAAAAGCCGGGACCGGAAAUCCUACAAGCACAGAAGCAAAAGCAGAGAGAGGGAGCAAGACAGGAAGUCAAAAGAAAAAGAAAAGAGGGGAUCUGAUGAUAAAAAAAGUAGUGUGAAGUCCAGUAGUCGAGAAAAACAGAGUGAAGACACAAAUACAGACUUGAAGGAGAGUGAUACUAAGAAUGAGGUCAAUGGGACCAGUGAAGACAUUAAAUCUGAAGUGCAGCGUAAGUAUGCACAGAUGAAGAUGGAGCUAAGCCAAGUAAGAAGACAUACUAAAGCACCUUCUGAAGGAAAGGACAGUGUAGUCCUGCAAAACAUUUUGAGGUACAUUGUUUUGUCUCAGCUCUUUUGUAGCAGACUCGUGCCCCCAUUAGUGUGCCUCUUUAGGACGUAGCUGUAAUGUAGCCACCACUAGAAC